CAUACUGGCCAUACAUUAGAAUUUUUUAUUAUGUAGAAAAACGAAUGUAUGGAACUAAUGUCAAAAAUACAAACUCCUACAUGACGUAAAUUUCGUAAACAUAACCUACAACGGUAAAUAAUAUAAUAAUGUCGUGUCUGGCAAAUACACAAUUCGAAUAUUUAAAUAACAAAAAUAAAAAACUUUAUUAUAACGAGGAUGAUAGGAAUAACGAAGAUUUUAAUUUUCAGUUUGUUCCUGUUAAUCAAUUUAAUCAAAUUAUAAAGGAUGUCAGAAGACAAAAAAUGCAGGAUAAAGAAAAACUGUGGACUCCUUUUUUUAAAGAACAAGAACAGUCAAUAACAGAUUGUCAACAAUGUUGUGAUGACAUCCAAUAUAGUUCUAGUCGUACACUUGCAGAAAGUUUCGAAGAGGUUGAUAGAGAACUGAUGCGUUUAAAAGGCGAUACUGUACCUGAAACAUGUAUUGAAAUAAGCAAUAGCGAUAUAAAAAAUCAGCAGGAAAAAAAUCUAUCACUUAAAAUUGCAAAACAAGAAAUACCAACUACAAGAGAUUGUGGUACAGGUAGUACUAACUGCUUAUUAACCAUUCCAGAAGAGAUAAAUGCAUAUUGUCAAAUGAUGUCAUCUACAUCUUGUAAGCCUUCUAAAAUGUAUAUAAAAAAAACUUGUUCAGAUCAAACAUUAAAAACAAAACGAAUUCAUACAAAAUAUCACUAUAGCACUAAUGAUUUAGACUGUAAGUCUAAUCCUGAUAUAAGUUCAAAUCAAUUAAGUAAUGCAAAUUAUUCAAUUGUUGAGCAUCCAGAUCCUAUUGUAAUAACAAAAAUAUUAAAUAUGCAAAGAAAAAUAUGUAUUAUUUUGGAUUCAAUAUCGACCGAGCUUGACAGAAUUCCUCUACCAGAUGGAGAGAAUGAUUAUUAUAGAAGAAAACAGCGUACGGUAGAAUUUUCUACACGACUAUCAAGAAAUUAUUUAUAUGAUCUUAGUCGGCAAAUUUCAGAUAUCGAACGACAUAUCAAAGCCAUCAAUCCAGUUAAUAAAAUGAGAUUAAGCAGAGGAGGAAUGAUUCUUCAUAUGCAGGCCAUUGAACAAAAAUUAAUUAGUACACAUCAAUUGCUAUUAGCUGCCUUAAACGCAUAUAUGAAACAUAUUCCUAAUGCAGUAUUAAAAACUCAUCCGGGAAAAUUGAAGGAAAUACUACAAAUAGUUUUACAACUCAAAAAUAUUUGCAUCGAAAUUAAAAUUAUCCCGGAUUUUUAUUGUUCGGGUGAUGACAGAGAUGCGUUUUUGGGAAAAGAAACUGAAAAUCGAUGUAGUAUUAUUUUAUCUAAAUUUCGUUUAAAUUCCGAUAAUGAGUCACAAGUCCCUAGUCAUACAACUAGAUCAACAGUAACCCCUUCAAGUAAAAAACAGCGAAAUCGGAAAAUAUUAUCCAAUCGAUUGAGUAUGUAUACAAUGGAUUUGAGAUUAGCUAAAAAUUAUCAAUCUAAAAAAUCUUAUAAUAGAUUUCAAAAUCCAAAAGAUAAAAAGAACACUUGUUCGUUGUCUAAAAAUUUGCAAAAGAGUACUUUACCAGUAUCUAAGAAAUUACAAUUAAAUUCGCGUACAAAUUCAUUGAACGAAGCUAUUAGAAAUAAGACUAACAAAAUUAGUAUACCAAUGAAAGAAGAUGAUAUACCAACUAUGAUGGACACUUUUCCUUCAGAUUUAGAUGUGGAUAGUUAUCAGUCAAUUAAAUCGGAUAAAAGAUCUGAAAUCUGCAAAUAUAAAAAAAUUGAAACUUAUGAGAAUACAAAAGAAGCUGGAAGAUUAAAAAAGAAUAAAUCAUGUGGAGAUGAGAAAAUGUUAAAAAUUAAUUGUACGGAAGGAAAGUAUUUUUCAAAUUUCUUGCCAGCGAAGGAAGAUUUAAUAAUUCAAAAUUAUUCAGAACCAUUGCCAUUAUCUGCUACUCGUACUCUUCACAACUUAAAUAAAAAAUGUCAACCAAAAGUGAAUUUAAAUGAACUUCAAGGAUACGUCGAGCACGAGACUGGUUCAUCCAAUAUGCAAUUGAUUUGUUGCACCGAAAAAGAGGAUAAAGAGAAUAGCGAUGAAAUAAUUGACAUAGCAGAAGAUAAGAAAAUUUUUCAAUUCAAUGAUGCAUGUUGUCAAGCCAACUAUCUAAACACAAAUGGAAUGUUCAAAUUAUUAAUAUCCGAUACACUAAUGCUGAGGCUUUCGGAGUACAGAAAUCAAUAUAAAAGUUUGUUAAAGUCCAGCCCAAUGUACACAAGUAAUACUCAAAACAAACCCUGGGACGUGGUAGCCUGGAUAGCUGAUAAACUCGUAGAUGAAUUGAUUAUAGAGCUGUCCAAUGAUUUUCAAAUGGAGGAGAUAAUUCAAAAAUUGUUUGAACUAGAAUUUCAAGAGUUUUAAUAAUUUGU